AUGGCCACAGAAACAAUAAACACCAUCUCUCCCUCGACCAACAAACCUAUCUUGACUCGCCAUGGCCUGUCCCCAUCCGACGUCCUCGCCCUCGGGACCAGGGCGCAAUCUGCCUUCAAAUCCUUCCAGAAAACUCACCCCACACUCGCAUCCCGACAAGAAAUCGUCAAGAAAGCACUCAGUGUGAUCGAAGCGCGAACAGACGAACUCGCCGCUGAGCUCACCGACCAGAUGGGACGUCCUAUAGCCUACACAGGCAAGGAAAUCUCUACCGCUCUCCUCCGCGCCAACUACAUGCUACGCAUAUCCGACGAAGCACUAGCCCCGACGCCAGGCGACGCCGAAACGGGUUUCAAGCGAUAUAUCGAGCGCCUGCCCAUAGGUGUCGUGCUGGUCAUUUUCGCCUGGAACUACCCGUAUCUAAUCCUUGUCAACUCACUCAUCCCCUGCAUUUUGGCCGGCAACGCUGUCAUCCUCAAGCCCUCCCCUCAGACCCCCACCAUCGCCGAGCACAUGAAAGCCAUCUUCGAAGAAUGCGGCCUACCCAAGGAUCUGAUCCAGUACCUCCACUGCGGCUCGCCUUCUGAGCUCUCCCCGCUCAUCCUCUCACCGACCGUCAACCACGUCACCUUCACCGGCAGCGUCGCCGGCGGCCUCGCCGUGCAAAAGAUCGCCGCGGACCGCAUCGACCUCACCGUCGGCCUCGAGCUAGGCGGCAAGGACCCCAGCUACGUGCGCGCGGACGCCGACCCGGCCUGGGCGGCCGACGAGAUCAUCGACGGCGCCGUCUUCAACUCGGGCCAGUCGUGCUGCGCCAUCGAGCGCGUCUACGUGCACGCGCACGUCUACGACGCCUUCGUCGCGGAAGCCCAGAAGAUCCUCGCCGGCUACAAGGUCGGGGACCCGCGUCGGCGCGACACGAACGUGGGGCCCGUGGUGAGCGCGCGCGCCAAGGACGCCAUCCUCACGCAGAUCGCGCAGGCCAAGGCGGCGGGCGCGCGCGACGAGACGCCCGCCAACGAGUCGUUCACCAAUCUCCCCGCCACCGGGGGCAACUACGUGGCUCCCGCGCUGCUGACGGACGUGACGCACGACAUGGCAAUCAUGACCGAAGAGACAUUCGGGCCCGUGGUGCCCGUCAUGAAGGUGUCGGGCGACGAGGAGGCCAUCGCGCUCAUGAACGACAGCCAGUUUGGGCUCACGGCGACGAUCUGGACCAAGGACGUGCCGCGCGGCGAGGAGCUGGCGCGCGAGGUGCAGGCCGGCACCGUGUUUGUGAACCGCGCGGACUAUCCCAGCCCGGACUUGGCGUGGACGGGGUGGAAGGACAGCGGGAAGGGGGUCACGAUGGGGCGCUGGGGGUUUGAGCAGUUUGUCAAGAUGCGGUCCGUGCACGUCAAGGAUUAUCCGAAGUGA